AUGCCCUCCCAGAACAAUUUGAGGCAUGGUGCUUCUACAUUAUCAUCAUCCAUUAGUCUUCUCAAAACCAUACUAGGUGCAGGGUUGUUGUCCAUGCCGUUGGCGUAUUCUACAGAUGGAACUAUUUUUGGAACAAUCAUCAUCUUGGUAGCCGCCGUAACAUCAGGUUUUGGGUUAUUCCUACAAUGUUAUGUGUCAAAAUAUACAAGUAUUGGACAUGCUUCCUUUUUUAGUUUAUGUAAUAUAACGUAUCCUCAGUUAUCGGUUGUAUUUGAUGUAGCUAUAGCAAUUCAAUGUUUUGGUUGUGCCGUGUCAUACCUUGUUUUGAUUGGCGAUUUAAUGCCUACUAUUGUGACUAAUGUGCCAUAUAUUAGCCAAGACCAGCUGAAGUUAUUCUGGUUACUUGUUUCAACGAUUUUCACAGUUCCGUUAUCCUUUUUGAAGAAUUUGGACUCUUUGAAAUACACAUCGGUUUUGGGAUUGGGGGCAAUAAUAUAUAUAUCUCUUUUGGUUGUUGGACACUGGUUAAUUGGUGAUAUUCCCAGAUCUGGAAUAAUUGAGUAUUUCCCAUCAAGUGUCACCAAAGUGUUUAGUACUUUUUCAAUCAUAGUAUUUGCAUUUACCGGUCAACAAAACAUGUUUUCGAUUAUUAACGAAGCAAAAGAUAAGUCGUUAAAUAAAUUGGUUAGUUUAGUUAACUUUGCAGUAGCAGUAGCUGCUUUGUUAUUCAUUUUGGUUGGUAUUUCUGGUUAUUUGACCUUUGGCGCAAAUGUCAAUGGCAACGUUAUUUUACUGUACCCAAAUAACUGGACAACCACGUUGGGAAGAUUUAGCAUCGUUUUUAUGGUUGUUUUUUCAUUCCCUUUAAUGUUACACCCGGCAAGAAUAUCAGUAAACAAUAUCUAUUUUGAAGCAAAAAAGAAGAUUGAGAAAGAGAGGGGAAUCAAGAAGGAGGAGGAGGAGGAGGAGGAGGAGGAGGAGGAAGUGGUUGUUGCCAACGAAACCACACAAUUACUCAAUGGUUCUGACAGUACACAAGAAGGGGAUAGAGAGAUUCAAUUGAAAACUCAUGUAGUACCGUUUCCUGAAAUGGCCUUUAUAACCAUCACAAUCGUGCUUUUGAUUAUUGGCUACAUUCUUGCAGCUACAGUUGAGUCAUUUGCCUUUAUUUUGGCAGUUGUUGGAGCUACGGGUUCUACAUCAAUUUCAUUUAUUUUACCAGGCUUGUUUGGCUAUAAAUUAAUUGGUUCGGAGCUGGACGAUCCAAACACUUUAGAGAAGAUCCUAAAAAGUUUAUCAUUGGCAAUGACAAUCUGGGGGGUUUUGGUAAUGAUUGUAUGUUUAUACAGUAGUAUGGCCUUAUAG